AUGGACUAUGCCCUUUGUGAGGCUUCCUGGCACAACAUGGAAGGCAUCACCAGGGCUGUCACCUUCUAUGAUAUUAAUUGUCAAUACAACAAACACUUUCGGGUUCGGGUGGAUCAAAGUCGAUUUCUAGAAAUGGCACCACAACUAACCAUCAUUCCCGGAAUUGGGUUGUGGCACGUUCAUGGCCAUCAGGACAGCUGCUAUGUCCGAUAUGCUUCUAACUUUAUUAAAGGCAUUGGUCGGAUCGAUGGAGAGAUCAUGGAGAUGCUAUGGGCACGGCUCAAUCUGAUCUCCCCUGCUGCUCAGGGAAUGACUUUAUGCCGGAAAUACAAGCUGGUGAGGAAUGGCAUCUCGGAAAGUGGAAAGGCAUUUGACAGACUCGAUGAAGCAGCACCCUCACAUUUGAAGACAGAAUGGUUAGCCAGGGAGAGGAUAGCUCAGUCAAGCAGAUUGAAUGAUCCUUUGAUGAUGGAUGAAUAUGAGAUCAAUAUAAAAAAGGCACCUAGCAAAAAGGAGAUCGAACUUAGAUUAUUAGAGGAGGGUAAUGCCCGCAAUGCAGCACCCUCUCGCAGAUCUGUGGCGACAUGGAUAUCAACAGGGAUCGGAAGAAGAUCCACCGAGACACAGAGAUUAGACAUCGCCCAUCAACACGAUCGGCUCCAAGGCCAGAUAGAUGGAUUUGCUCGGUCUGCUCUAACACAUCUCAGGGAGGGAUUUGAUGCAGAUGAUGAGCCUGAGGACUUGAAUGUAGACAUUCUAGAUGAUCUCGAUGAUGACCCGGCGGAUUUCACAGAGACAUCUCAUACAUGGACAAACUCUCCCGAGCUCACUGUAAUCCUGUUGCCAUCAAACCUGGGGGUUGAUAGAUGCAGACAAUGCAUGGCAGAGGAUCUGAUUCCCCUGGAGAUGUCGCUUCAUGAAGGGCAGGCCAAUGAUGCCCUUCACAAUCUCCACAUUUACCUUUGCAACAAGGUCAUCCUGUUCCGAACAACCGUUAGGCAGGCCAAAUCCCAGGCCCUGAAAACUCGAGCUUGGUCCCAGGUGACGUUGGUGCAGCAGGCAGUCUCCCUCCAUGCCAACAUAUAUGCAAAGACCAGGAAGCAAAUGAUGAAACUUGAGCCGGGACAAGACCAGCUUCAGAAAUACAAACCCCUGCUUUGUGAGCAACUCAAAAUCAGCACUGCAGUGGGCAACCCAAAUGCCCGAGGUCAACGAAAUGAAUCUUUGGCUUGGUUUUGGUCUGUUGAAGUCGACCUCGGGGGUCCUGAUCAAUCUUGGAAUGAGGAAUUUUACCGAGUCCAUUGGCUCAGGGCAAAGGCACUACGAGAUCGAUGGAGGGAAGAAAUGAUAUUGGUCAAAUUGGAGAUGGAUUGGACAUCAACCCAAUGGGGUGACCACAUGCAGGAAUCAUUGGAGAAACACCUUCCGGGUCACGGAUGCUAUGCCGGAAGGCAAUCCCAAAUGUAUUCAUUGCUUGCACAGGAUGCGCAGGCAGCUUUUCAAGACCUACAAAAUGUGUUGAUAGAGGCUGGAGAUGAAUGA